AUGCCAGAGUACCUGCCUCCGCCGAGAGUCGGCCAACUCAGCAGCGAAGUUCUCCGUUUCCACCUCAAUGGCGAGCUCGUGGAAGUUGUCGGAGCUGAUCCACGCCAGAUGCUGAUCGAAUUCCUGCGGGAUUCAAAGGGGCUGACUGGCACGAAGAGGAGCUGUCUCCAGGGAGGCUGCGGCGCCUGUGUCGUUGCUAUCCAAGAGUACGACAUGGCCACCUCGCAGUGGAGAUAUCGAUCGGUGAACAGCUGUUUGAAGCCCCUGGUCGCCUGUCACGGAGCGUCCAUCACCACUGUUGAGGGUGUUGGGACGGAGAGGAAGUGCCUGCACCAAGUGCAGCAGCGAAUUGCCGAGAAUCACGGCAUGCAGUGCGGCUUUUGCACACCAGGCAUG